AUGAUACAUAAUCAACACAACAUAAAAGAUUAUAUCUUGUUAGACGUAAGAGAGCCAAAAGAAGUCGAAGCAGGAUAUAUUCCCACAGCAAAGAACGUUCCACUGACACAAUUUACCUAUGCUUGGAGUCUCUCAGAUAAAGAUUUUGAAGAUCAAUAUGGAUUUAAGAAGCCUAAUAAGGAUAAACGGUUGAUUACUUAUUGUUUAAAAGGCAUCCGUAGCACAUCAGCUGUAGAAUAUCUCUCCAAGUUAGGAUAUACAAAUCUUGACAACUAUAUUGGUAGUUAUGCUGAUUAUGUUGAAAAAACAAAAGGAGAGUAA